CCACGCAAUGUCAAAUGUCCUUUCGACUCACCUCCCGUUCAUUCAGUUCGUUGAAGCGGAAAUGUAUUCUGUAUAGCUAUGAAAAACGACCAUCCACUUUCUGCCCAUUGCGUAUUGUGCGACUGUCAUUGUUCCAGGGAAUCCCUUCCUUGAGCAUAUCUCGUCCGUUCAGCACGCAGCCUUCCCCUCAGUACCACGAUAUUUCAAAGGCUCCUCCACCUCAGUGGAUACAUCGCGGAAAUCUUACAGUGGAACGUUAUCAUGAGGUCUCCGACCGUGCGAUGGAGGCCUUGCUGGACCAACUUGAAGAUCUGUUAGACAGCGAAACUCAAAGUAACCCAGACCAUGAGGUCGAGUACUCUAGCGGCGUGCUCACAUUAAAUCUGGGUGGACAUGGAACAUACGUGAUCAACAAACAACCUCCGAACAAGCAGAUUUGGCUGUCUUCACCCCAGAGUGGGCCAAAGCGGUAUGACUAUAGUGAAUUCGACAGUAACUGGUGGUACUGGCGUGAUGAAAAGACAUUGAGUGACUUGUUGAAUGAGGAGUUGCAGGCCAUCUUUGGUAAGGAGCUUGGCAUUGCCUUAUGAGUAUCUCCGCGCGAUGGUAAUGGUAUCUUUGUUGAAAUCAUAUUGCAUGAACAGACGUAACGAGUGCUGGAAUGAUAUUG